CAUUCACCAGCUACUGACUGAAGAUGUUGAGGCUCCUUGUCCUUGCUGCUCUUGUCCUUUGUGGACAAUGUUAUGAAGAUGCUGAAGGAAAUGAGAGGGUGGUAGGAGGAUCAAAUUCUGCACAAAAUGCAUGGCCUUGGCAGAUUUCCCUUCAGUAUCAGUCUGGAAGCAGCUGGUAUCACACCUGUGGAGGUUCCCUUAUCCGUGCUAACCGUGUCAUGACCGCUGCUCACUGUGUAGACAGAGUUUAUAACUUCCGUGUGGUUUUGGGAGAACACAACCUGAGUGUGAACGAGGGCAGAGAACAAUAUAUCUCCGUGUCAAAGAUUGUAAAACAUGCCAGCUGGAACUCCAACAGUGUAGCUUCUGGGUAUGAUAUUGCAAUCCUUCAUCUGGCAUCGAGCGCCACUCUGAACAGCUAUGUAAAACUGGCAACACUGCCAAGUUCUGGGGCUGUCCUGGCCCACAAUUACGCUUGCACCGUUACUGGAUGGGGCAGAACCAGCACUGGUGGAUCCCUCCCAUCAAUCCUCCAGCAGGCCCCUCUGCCUGUGGUCGCUCACUCAACCUGCUCGUCAAGUUCCUACUGGGGCAGUACCGUGAAGACCACCAUGGUGUGUGCAGGUGGUAAUGGAGCUCAGGCUGGAUGCAAUGGAGAUUCUGGGGGACCCCUCAACUGUGCUGUCAGUGGAGUUUACCAGGUCCAUGGUGUAACUAGUUUUGUGUCUUCUUCUGGAUGCAAUGCCUACCAGAAACCAACAGUGUUCACCAGAGUCUCUGCUUAUAUAUCCUGGAUCAAUGCUAAUAUCUAAACAGAAGACAUGUUACCAAGAAACACUUAUAAAGACAUCAAAAAA